AUGGAGAAGGACUCUGUUCAUGAGUUUGUGAAGAAUGUUCUUGAAGCUUCAAGACUGAACUGGAGUAACCUCGUGGCGAGAUGCAACGAAGAAACAUCACUACUCGACGAAUUCUCACACGGCAAUCCCAACAAUAAUCAGAUUCUUCUCGUUCUUGAUUACACAGAUGAGAUUCUCCGAGAGAUUAAUCGUCAAGACAUCAUCAUGUUUUGGCCUUUCUUGAGAGUUGACCUUAGAGAAGAAGACCUGAUUCAGGAGACGCUGAGACGUUUUGACUGGAGUUUACUCUGCUGUGACUCUCCAAGAACGUUGGAUCAGAUCAUUGAGACUGAUCUGUUAAAGUUAUCAUCAUGUGUUUGGUCGGGUUUUGGUGGUGAAACUGAAGGUGUGGUAUCUGAUGUAGUUGAAAAUAUUCUGCAACGGUUGGUGCUUGACAUAUCUCAUGAGCUGAAGAACAAUGCAUUGCAGAGUAUAUUAUUCUGA